AUGGUUGUUUAUUCAUUUUAUAUUUUCGAUCGACAUGCUGAAUGCAUCUACAAGCGUCUCUGGCUUCCCCGUCCGACAUCCUUCCAUGGCAAAACCUCCCGCCCCGCAUCGGACGCCGCGCCCCUCAAUAAUGGCGUGUCAAAAAGUACACCGGGAGGACACCUGAGCGCCGAGGACGACGCGAAACUCAUUUUCGGGACUGUAUUUUCCCUACGGAAUAUGGUUCGGAAACUUGGCGGCGAUGAUGACAACUUUCUCUGCUACCGCACGAGCCAAUACAAGCUGCAUUAUUACGAGACGCCAACCAACAUCAAGUUCAUUAUGCUGACUGAUAUCAAGUCCAGUAAUAUGCGCCUAGCGCUGCAUCAGAUAUAUGUCAAUCUCUACGUCGAAUAUGUUGUCAAAAAUCCACUAUCCCCUAUUGAACAUCCGGGUGGCCUCGGUGUAAAUAACGAGCUCUUCGAGGAAUCUCUAGAACAGUUCGUGACUCGGGUCUUAUCGUAA